GCAGGAGGGAAGCGGGAUGGGCGUUCGGGGAGCAUCAUGGCGGACCGGUUAACGCAGCUGCAGGACGCGGUGAAUUCGCUUGCAGACCAGUUUUGUAAUGCCAUUGGGGUAUUGCAGCAAUGUGGCCCACCUGCCUCCUUCAAUAACAUUCAGACAGCUAUAAACAAAGACCAGCCGGCUAAUCCUACAGAAGAAUACGCUCAGUUGUUUGCAGCAUUGAUUGCACGAACUGCUAAGGAUAUUGAUGUUUUAAUAGAUUCAUUACCUAGUGAAGAAUCAACAGCAGCUUUGCAGGCUGCUAGUCUGUAUCGUUUAGAGGAGGAAAACCAUGAAGCAGCUGCCCGUCUAGAAGAGGUUGUUUAUCGUGGGGAUAUGCUACUAGAAAAGAUACAGAGUGCCCUAGCAGAUAUUGCUCAAUCACAGCUGAAGACCAGAAGUGGUAGUCAUAGCCAGCCUGUUCCAGAUUCAUAGCAGCAGGGGGCAGCAUUUUGCUGCAAAAGCGAACUAUUAGAUUGUUUUAAAAAAUGAUUUUAUUCACAAAGUUCUGUAUCAAACACUACAGUAAUAUUGAGCCGUACUGUUGCGUAAAUAUUUUGAGUGAACUGAGUAUGGUAAAAGCAUGUCACUUGUCAAAGCCUAAAAGUCUUGUUAUAUUGUCUCAAGUUUGGUAUGAAAAGCAUUUAUAAACUAAGAAUUGGUGUUCAUGUUGCUCCAGCAUUGCACAUUUAAUGUAUUUCCUUUAUUUCAAAAUACUAUUUUUUUUAAGUUUCGCUUCUCUUAUGCGUAAAUGUGUAUCUAAUGGGCUGUCAUCUUCGCAAUGUAAAUUUGUAUAUUCCUACUGGGGAAUAAGGGAAAAUUUUCUCAGCAUAUUUUUGGUAACCUUCCUCGCCUCUAAAUUUUCAAGAUUAAGGUGUCUUAUUUUAUUGUGAGGCUUUUACAGGAAAUAGAGCUUCACUUUGCAGAAUUCUAUGAGCAAAGUGCUGUGCAUUCUGAGGUUGUUCCAGUGCUCACCUCUUGCAUUGCUAUAUGUACUGUGUAAUUAUGAUUCUACUGUGACUCUUUGGCAUUCUUAUUACUUGACUGUAUUUUAUCAUCUUUGGCUGCCAGCUAUUAUACAGUUUUCUUGCCAGCUGCAUUCUGUUAAUACUUAAAAAGAAAGACAGUGCCAAGAUCAUGUGUCAGAUUUGUUGUUCACAAAUGGGACUGUGGAGCACUAGUGGUUCCUGAUGCACUUGCUGGGUCCCUGCAGGCUGCUAGCAGAUCAUAUGGGAUUGGCUGUACACCUUUGCUUCCAGCUGUUUCUACACAUGCCAGGUUUCUCGUGACAAAGAGUGUGCCUGUAAAAGCAGAUCCUACUGAGGAGGAGCUGCUGGUUGUAGUUGCAUCAGAGGAGUUGGAGAAGGAAUGGAAGGUGUCUAGUAGGGAUAGAAACCAGUUAUGGAAGCUAACUUCUUUUCUGAUAUUUCUCUUGUGUAAGCAGUUGCUGUAGCCACUGCAUGGACAUUGUGUGAGUGUAAAUAUGAAAGGGGUAGUCCCUGAGAUAUUCAAGAGUUCUUCAGUACUGAAAAAAAUUGUGCCCCUAAUGAUGUGAAUUAAAAACAGAAAAAUUGGGCUCAAUUCAAACAGUAAGCUUUUAGGGAUGUUUUGAUCAAUAUUUGAACUUUGUGGCAAAAGGUACUGGAGUGUACACCCUUCUCCCUUAGCAAUCUAAAAAUUUUACUUUGGCCACUUUUUCGUUGAAGAUAGACUGGCUUCUCUUGGAGUCUGUGUGUAUAUAGUCUACUCAUUUUCUUGAUUUCAGAUUAUCUGUGUGUACUGGGCAAAAUUUCCCUAAUGUACAUAGAACUAUUAUGCUUCUAUUGUGUUCAGCUGGUCUGAAACAAUUUGAACUUGUUUUUUGGCAACCUACCAAUGGCAAUGCAUGCAAGGAGCCAUACAUCCAUUAAAUGGUGCUGUAAAAGGAAGAGUGGAGCAGGUCAUGGGACACGCCUUGUACGCUUACGGCUGUAACAGUAUGCUGUUCUAAAGAGGACUUUCACAAUGUAAUUAAAUACAACGUAGUAAGUACUGCUAAUUGUUGCUAAAAUGGAAAUGUAUGAUUUAAUCACACUUAAAUGAAGAGCUUCACCUGCUAUUGUGAGACUCCUGCGAUACUCAGAUACAUGGAAGAAAGGAAACAUAGUCUAUUAUUGAAAUAGAAGUGGGGGCCCAUGCUGUGGUCCCAGCUAUGCCAUAGGCUUCUUUUGUCUCUUGAUAAGUCACUAGAGCUCAGUCUUUCACAAAUAUGUACUAAUUCUGGGUGCUGACUCUCAGGGCCUAACUCUUCUUUUUUUAAAUAGAUGUCAGAUGCCAACUGCAAUUGAAGUCAUGGGAGAUGUGCUCAGCACAUCU